AAACAAUUAGGCUCGGUAGAGAAAAAAUGGGCAAUUUGAACUCCCCAGCAUAUGUACACAACGCCAACGUAUACUCUCGCAUUUUCGUCUUCGCUCCAUUUUUUCUGUAUAUUUUACCAUUAAACUACAGCAGAGUCCGAUUGAGAUCCACCGAGUGCAGCACCACCACCACCACCGGCGAUGGCGAAAUCCAGCGCAGACGACCAGGAGCUUCGGCGGGCCUGCGAGGCCGCCAUCGAAGGCACCAAGCAGAGCGUCGUCAUGUCGAUCCGCGUGGCCAAGAGCCGUGCGAUCCGGGGUAUAACGCACAUGCUCGGCCGCGACAUGGCCAAAGCUAGGGUUCUGGCUCUUUCCGUAAAAUCCAAGGGCCAGAGGACUAAAGCCUUUCUUCGAGUCUUAAAAUAUUCCACCGGAGGAGUCCUUGAGCCUGCAAAGUUAUACAAACUAAAGCAUCUUUCAAAGGUGGAGGUUUUAACGAACGACCCUAGUGGGUGUACUUUUACCCUGGGCUUUGAUAAUCUUAGGAGUCAAAGUGUUGCUCCUCCUCAAUGGACCAUGCGAAAUAUUGAUGACAGGAACCGCCUUUUACUUUGCAUUUUGAACAUAUGCAAAGAUGCUCUUGGUCAGCUUCCUAAAGUUGUUGGUAUAGAUGUCGUGGAGAUGGCUCUUUGGGCUAAGGAAAAUACACCAGCUGUCACUAGCCAAGGAAAGGAGCAAGAGGGACCUGCUGCAUCUACAGUAACGGAAAGUGACUUGAAAGUAACUGUUGAAAAAGAACUUGUCUCCCAAGCUGAGGAAGAGGACAUGGAGGCACUUUUGGGAACUUAUGUCAUGGGUAUUGGUGAAGCAGAGGCAUUUUCUGAAAGGUUGAAGAGAGAGCUUCUGGCUUUGGAAGCAGCAAAUGUGCAUGCCAUUUUGGAAAGUGAACCCUUGAUCGACGAGGUAUUGCAAGGCCUUGAGGCAGCAACAAAUUGUGUCGAUGACAUGGACGAAUGGUUAGGCAUUUUCAAUGUGAAACUCAGACACAUGAGAGAAGACAUCGAAUCAAUAGAAACCCGCAAUAACAAGUUGGAGGUGCAAUCUGUAAAUAAUAGAGCACUCAUUGAGGAACUCGAUAAGCUUCUUCUAGGUUUGCGCGUUCCUUCUGAGUAUGCCGCAUGUUUGACGGGAGGUUCAUUUGAUGAAGCACGUAUGCUUCAAAACAUAGAAGCAUGUGAGUGGUUGGCUGGUGCUUUACGCAGUCUUGAAGCGCCAAACUUGGACCCUAUAUAUGCAAAUAUACGGGCUGUUAAAGAGAAGCGAGAAGAACUUGAAAAAUUGAAAUCUACAUUUGUCAGGAAAGCUUCUGAGUUCUUGCGAAAUUAUUUUGCUAGUUUGGUGGAUUUUAUGAUAAGUGACAAGAGCUACUUUUCUCAGCGGGGCCAACUGAAAAGGCCUGAUCAUGCUGAUCUACGGUACAAAUGCAGAACAUAUGCUCGCCUUCUGCAACAUUUAAAGAGUCUUGAUAAGAAUUGCAUGGGCGCUUUGAGGAAAGCAUAUUGUAGCUCCCUCAACUUGCUUAUUCGUCGUGAGGCUCGUGAAUUUGCAAAUGAGCUUCGUGCUAGUACAAAAGCAUCAAGAAAUCCAACCGUCUGGCUUGAAACUUCUACUGGGUCUGGUCAAAAUGCGAAUGCUGCAGACACUUCUGCUGUUUCUGAAGCUUAUUCCAAGAUGCUUACAAUUUUUAUCCCACUCCUUGUAGAUGAGAGUUCUUUCUUUGCGCACUUUAUGUGUUUUGAAGUUCCAGCACUUAAUCCUCCUGGGGGUACUGCUAAUGGAGAUAAGUCUGAUGACACCAAUGACGAUGAUUUGGGAAUCAUGGACAUUGAUGACAAGGACAGCAAGGCUGGUAAAAGUUCAGGAGAGCUUGCAGCAUUAAAUGAAUCUCUUCAGGAUUUACUCGAUGGAAUCCAGGAAGACUUUUAUGCCGUUGUGGAUUGGGCUUACAAGAUUGAUCCCUUACGCUGCAUAUCAAUGCAUGGGAUUACAGAGCGCUAUCUUUCUGGUCAGAAAGCUGAUGCAGCAGGAUUUGUGCGUCUCUUGCUUGGUGAUCUAGAGUCGAGGGUUUCUAUGCAGUUCAGUCGCUUUGUUGAUGAAGCUUGCCACCAGAUUGAAAAAAACGAGCGCAAUGUUAGACAAAUGGGUGUCUUAUCAUACAUCCCAAGAUUUGCUACUUUGGCAACACGAAUGGAGCAGUACAUCCAGGGACAAUCUAGGGAUUUGGUUGAUCAAGCAUACACAAAAUUUGUUAGCAUUAUGUUUGUGACUUUGGAGAAAAUUGCACAAACAGAGCCAAAAUAUUCUGAUCUUUUUCUAUUAGAGAACUAUGCUGCAUUUCAGAAUAGUUUGUAUGACCUAGCAAAUGUUGUGCCCACCUUGGCCAAAUUUUAUCACCAGGCAAGUGAAGCUUAUGAACAAGCUUGCACACGCCAUAACAGCAUGAUCAUAUACACUCAAUUUGAACGGCUUUUCCAGUUUGCUCGAAAAAUAGAGGAUUUGAUGUUUACAAUCGCACCAGAAGAGAUCCCUUUCCAGCUUGGGUUGUCAAAGGCGGAUCUGCGGAAGGUGUUAAAAUCAAGCUUAUACGGGCUUGACAAGUCCAUCACUGCAAUGUACAAGAAGUUGCAGAAAAACAUGACUUCCGAAGAACUGCUGCCUUCUUUAUGGGAAAAAUGCAAGAAGGAAUUCCUUGAGAAGUAUGAAACUUUUGCUCAACUCGUCGCCAAGAUUUACCCGACAGAGACCUUUCUCACCGUAGCAGAACUGAGAGACCUUUUGGCUACCAUGUAAAGCGAGAGUUUGCCUUGCAUAUCUUGACAGCUUCUUUUGAGGGAUGAACUUAGCUUGCAUAAUCUUUCCUUUCCAUUCUUUUUGCUUCAUUUUCCGGAAACAUUUUCUGGUAAUUUGAUUUAUUAAAAAAUGUCGAUUUUUCGAGCAUGUCA